AUGUGGAAAUUCGUUCUUCUAAUCGUGUUUGCUGCGACUGCAGUGCAAGCGAUCGACAAAGCGUUUCCGCAGCUCAGUAAACCAAGCCGAGUGAGAAUAGGCCAUGUGAACGAACGGCAUGUGAGAGUUCAGUGGGACUUUGAAACUCCAGCGAAUUUUUCCGCUCGCCGCGGAGUGGAGUUCAAGCUGGUUCUCAAAUCGGCGCGCUCGAAGACACGGGAAUUCCAUCCUAAAUUCCCGUCUAAGCCAUUCAUCUUCGACCUCGAUGAACUCACAGCAGGGAAAAGGUAUCAAUUGUUCAUCUCAGCGAUUGCUCCGAAUUGGAGAGACAGCGAAGUCCUUUUCAGAGGUUUCAAGACCAUGGAAAAAGAUUGGCCGAGCCCGGUGAUUACCCAUGUUUCCUCCACCAAUAAAGAGAAUUUCGUCGAGUAUCUCGUAGAAUGGAGCCUGAAACCGAAAAUGGCAGAGCUCCGGCACUACGAGAUCAAAAUGUGUCAUAUGCACUGCUACUUCACGAGGAUAAAACCUGAAGACAACAAUGCGACGCUGUACAUCGACUACGGCUCGACGUUUACCAUCGUCGUCGGCGCUUUCUAUUCUACGCCGAUACUCGACCAAGUGAGACGGGAGAGCCCGAGCUUCCAUCAAGCUACGGGAAGGGGCGAUCCAGGAAGAUCUUCCAAAACGGUCGCAGCCGUACAAAUUGGCAAUAAAUUCCAACUCAAGUGGCAUCUCCCGGUCGCUCCGAACGGUCCGAUCAGCUACUACGAGAUCUUCCUGUCUGAUCCGCAUAACGAAGAGGACAUGUUCGACAAAACCCUUGCCCCUCUCCCUGCGGCAUCCAGACCUCCUGAUUUCGCGAGCGGAACCGUCUACGAGUUGCGCCCGAUAGCUCUCAGCUCCGACGGGAGGGACUACGGCUACCUCGGGAAAUUUCCCGAUAUCGACAUUAACAAAUGCCAAGCGGAGAGAUCACUCCUCCUCGUGAUCGUCAAGAAAGCGAAGCAUGCGGUUCGAUUCCGGAUCAUAUUCACAAACCCCUCCUUCGACAACUACCACACAAUCGACAAAUCCAGAAGCGAACGAUUCCUCUACCUCGGACCGAACAUGCUGAACAUUUUCUCUCUUGAGAACUACCAGUAUUUCCAGAUGAAGAUACGCAACUGCCUGACCUUCAAAGAAAAAUCAGAAGAUGAUUGUGGGGAAUUCAAGGACUUUCAACUCCUUUCUAAUGUCGGAGAGCCUUCUCCUGUACAACGUCUGGCAGCGGAAAUGACGAGCCUGGUAUCCGUCAGAAUCUCUUGGGAGGCUCCGGAAAAUCCUCGAGGCCCCAUCAAUGGCUACCGAGUCUACGUAGAGGAAACGUAUGCAGGGGAAUCAAUCAAGACACACGUCGACGUCCUGCCUACCCAGCGAUCAUAUUACGUCAUCAAAUACAAGCGAUGGAAGCUGUAUAAGAUCGGGGUGACCGCCUUCAAUCAGGAUCUGGACGAUCCGAAGAUAGAGUUCAGCGGGAAGGUAGUCUAUACGAGCAUUGUGGACAACCGAUUGCAACUGGCGUUCCAUUAUGCCGUGAGCGUCUUAUUCACGGCUGGCCUCUUCGCUUCAUUAUUGGGUUUCUUGAUCUUGUGUCCUAAAGGGUACAGAGUUGCGCAAAAUGAGGCUUUCGAGCUUCAAGGCAUGCCUGCCUUCGGAAAUUGAAGGCCCCUCCGUGGGCUCAAAGGCUGUGCCGCGAAGAAGCCCGAAAUUGAGCCCCAGUAUCACUUAUUCCAUGGGCUCUCAGAAGGGAUUCCUACGAAUCUCAUUCCUGAAUUUUGAGUUUUCCAGCGAAUGACACAUUUGUGUCCUACAUUGUCGCGUUUCGAUCGCGGUGGUAUCUCGGCAGAGAAUUCACCCAAUGACCUCCAAUCUAUAGAUUUUGAUUCUAUUGACUCUUUGUGUAGGAAAUUUGUUAUUCUAAAUCAAGCGUGGGAUUUGACUGCACUUAAUUCAUCUUAAUCGAUUCGUGAAUAAAGUACAAGAAAUGAGAUUA